AUGGGGGAGAAGGAUAUUGAGGCACAGUUAGAGAAAUUGAAGAAAUACAGCACUGAGAUUCUUGUUCUGGCCCAUUCACAGAAUAAGGACAUAUUUUCAGAUAAGGAAAAUGGACUGAAGCAGAAGAAAGCUCACUUGAUGGAGAUUCAGGUCCCUGUUGAUGCAAUUUUCCAAAAAGAUGAGAUGAUUGAUAUCAUUGGAGUAACGAAAGGCAAGGGCUACAAAGGGGUCCCCCGCGUGGGCUUCGGAAAAAGGCGCCACAAAUCUGAUUGUUUAUGUGCAAUAUGUGUUUUAAAGCGCCGUAGAAAGGAGCGCGAAGAGAUUGCUAGAAUUACUAAAGACCAAACUGGAGCUGGCUAUAACCAAGAGGAAUCCUUGCGUUUGGAAAGUCCUGGCAGCUUGGACUCAUCAUCAAAUGCAGAUGAUUCAGUAGACAAUGAAUUAGAUGUUGAGGAAGAAACAAGAGACGAGGAGAAUGCAACAGUUUAG